AGCCACCCACACACAUCCAAAAAAUCCACCCGUAUGUGCUUUCUCAAAGUUGAACGAAUUGUGAUGUACCCAUUUCUAUAUCUAUUGGUCGUAGUAGGAUAAAUGGGGCAUCUCCACCCUAUGACAACUCCCUAAUACACAAAUUUUACCAUAUUUUUCGAGUUUUCGUCGUCCGUCAACCUAGUUUAUCGAUUCGCUUUUGUGUUGAGCAGCACCAUGCGGGGUGUCCGCAGGAGAAAGAAGGCGACCGGUACGGUGCGGGAUUAAGUACCAAGUGAACUAGCGAACAAAACUCCAUAUACGAUGUUUUUUACGCGGAGCAGAAGCUGAAGUGGCCUUUUUGUACAGUACAGCCCAGUACAGCGCUCCUUAUGUUAGCACGCUAGAAGCAGACUACCCGUCACUUGCACGAUUUUUACAAGCCGCCCUGGUCGAAGAAGCUGCACGAGUAGCAAGCCUACGAGGGCGAGUGCCUUGAGUAUGACGGCGGCGUCUGAUUUUCCUUCCCUUCGUUCCAUUUUCAGCUUUGGUCUCCUGGAAGACGAAGCAGCGAGCGCGAACAUCAUGAGCAAAGAUGACGAGGAAAUCCAUGCGGGGAGGAAGCGGGCCAUGAUGAUUCAGGCUCUUCUCGGUAAGAAGCGGAAUGUUGCGGCAAGCAGUGCCCGGGUGCAGCAGAUGCUGCUUCCCCGGCGGUCGUCGGUGAGCACACCACCCGGUACUAGCGACACCCUGAGCAUAGCCAGCUCGGAGCAACCAAUCGAGGGCUCCGGGACCACCCCGCGUUUCACCGCGUCCAGCGUCGGGGAGCAGGCACAGCAGUACCAGAUGAAACGAAACCUCUUGUUGCGCAUGCCCUCUGGAACGCUCACAACUUUGCUGGAGCGACUCUCGAACAAGGAGUUGCAAAGCCUGCUCAGAAACGGAGUGGAUAAUGGCGCGUCAUCAAGUGCUGCAAUCGGUUCUGAUCUGCAAGAAGACAGAAUAAAAAGUGCUGCUUUAUUUUCCAACCAGGCAAGCGGCAAUGGAGAGACAAGCAAUUAUGCAAGGGGCGACGACGUCUUGGCGCCGAACAGGGGACGAGGACACCAGGACGAAAACGAUUUAAUGUUUCCCGAUGGCCCCCUCGUCGGCCUGGAGCGCGAAACCUCUAGCACUUCCUCUAAAAGCAAAACUGUGGUUCGCGACUACACGCAGCUUCGCAAGCCGCGCAACAGCGGCAUGAACGGAAACCUGGGGGACGAGUCGGUGGGCAUUCUGAAUCUCCUCGCGAACCGGGACCUGGAGUACAAUUCGCAAGACUUUCACAAAAAGGUCCAGGAAACGCGACAGCGAAUUUCGUUCGCGCAGGAGCAGUGGGUAUUGGACCAUCAUCAAAGGCAAGAUGGAACGGCCAAUGGUGGCGGCGAACAACAGAAGUUGGCAUCUACAUCUGCAGGCAAGGGCGCGUCCUCGAGAAGUGGAGCUAACAGCCAGGUGCUGAUGCUGCUGAAUAAGGGGCGCGGCAAACCCGCCGCAUACUCGGAGGGCGAGGGGAAUCCAGAGGAAACGCUGCCCUCUACCGACAACACCGGCGCGGGGAGCAGGACAAAGACCAGCGCACCAACUAGAAACGUCAAUGCUCCUUCUGCAGCACCAAAUAACCAGCAGCGGCAUCAGGCAGCUGAAUUGAUGACGUCCGUAGACCUGCUGACCUUGCCGUGGAACACGACACCUCUAAUUCACGAGAUGCGGCAACGGCAAACAGAGGAGGAGCGUGCGAAGAUUUUGAAGGAGUUCUCGUCCGGGGCGCUGCGAGACAUGGGGAAUUAUGGAUACCCCAAAAACGCGCCGCACCGACUGAACCCUGCCUACUGGCUCCCGGUGCUGGCGAAGUUUGGCACCAACGCGGUCGGGCUUGCCGGGCUCACCCUGGGGUUCGGGAUGUCGCAGAUGGGGCGCGGACUGGUCGGCACGCGGAUACACGAGAACCCCGCGAUGGAAGCGGGAUUGCUCACGUUCCUGCGCCUGAACGGCCUCACCUGCACGGUCACCUUCCCCAAGAACCAGAGCUACGCGAAUCUGACCGACUGUCCCUUCAUGAUCGCCAACCACCAGAGCUACCUGGACGGCAUCGUGGUGGCGACGGAACUGAACUACCCCAAAAUCAUGAGCAUGAACGCCGUCAAGAACGCACCCAUGAUUGGCGAGUUCAUGAAAGACAUGGAGGUCAUCUGGGUCGACCGUGCAGACCCCAACAGCAGGAAGUAUAGAAAUUGCUCUUGCAUGAUCCUGCAGCUUCUCCAUAGUUUUAUUACCUCGGGUUGAUUUUAUAUUUAUUGGUUGUGGUUCGCAUUUCCUGCUGAGAAGUAAGUAUUUUCGUGCUGGUUGUGCACAACUGCUAACAAUAUUAUUUCCUCUUUUAUGCCGCAAGGACUGCAUAUACAACAGCCGCACUGCAAGUGAAGAAAAAUCUUCAAAGGCAGCGCCACUAUUCUCGGAUCAUAAAAAAAACUCAGGAACGCGCUGAAGGCUAUCAAGCGGCAUGGGAAGACUUGGAAGCGCGGGGACCGUCCGUUGUUUGUGUUUCCCGAGGGCUACACAACAUCCGGGCGCACGAUUUUGCCCUUCAAGCCGGGGGUGUUCACGGCGGGCAUGCCCAUCCGCCCCUGUGUCAUUCUCUACACCGGCGAGGCCGAUUUGGGCCAGCCCGAGUGGAUUCGAUCCAAGGCGACUGAUGGGCACAUCGUGUUGCGUGAGUACGCCGACUCCGAAUGGUUUGACCAGCUGAUGCGGGGCAUGGUCCACAGCGUCAUCGUGAAGGUAUCAUGCGUUUUUUUGUGCUCAAGCUUGAUGUCCGCAGCUUAACUACAAGAUGCUUGCUCGAUUUUGUUUGACAGCUCCUCUGUAGAUUCUGAUUAAUCGCACAGCAACGAGGAAAAAAACUAAGUACGCGACUGUUUAACACUGAAGUACCUUGAAGCAACGCACUAUCCUAUGUUUUCUUAACGCAUAAACAUAAAGUGAAACUCCACGCAAAUAUUGAUUGAUUGGGACCACGACAAACAGGUUUGCCGCGUCUACUAUCCGAACGAUCAGGAGAAGAAUGACCCGGCUCUGUAUGCGGAGAACAUGCACAAGUAUAUGAAGUACGAGUAUGACCGGCUGAAGCUGCUGCACGACCAGCGUACGCGAAAGAUCGACCUGAAGAAGAUCAACGCGACCGGGCCGGGGUAUUCCCCGGACAAUCUGCUUUUGGGAAUGGAGUCCAAGAACGACGCGAUCCCGCCCGGGGGCGACCUCGACCGGUGGCCGGUCCGGCUCAGCGCGGAGACCGGGAAGGGCGAAGUGGUGGUAGGCAAGUCCUGGCGGGGCCACAUGCCCUACUCGGCGACGCAGCUGGACAACAUGCGGAACUGGUAUCUGGCAAAAAACAAGGAGAUGAUCCUCCGCGGCCAGGCGCUGCGGCAGGCCGAGCUUCAGGAGCAGCGCGACGCGAUGAGAAGGGGCAGCGGGGCGAGCACCACCGCACAACUCGAGCAGUCCGUCCAACUGGACGAGCGUGCCAAAACGCAGCGAGUCCACACAAUGGAGAAUCAGCUAGAAGUAGAAGUGCAACAGCAAGAUGAACGUAGAAACACCAGCACGACGAGCAAACAACGUCGAGACAGUCAGGCCGAAAGUGCGCAACCACUCUCAGGCCGAUACGGUGCAGCUCCUAACCAGAAUAGCAGAACGACGCCGAGACUGGCGAGCGCGGCGACCGGUAAUAUGGCUUACGAUGAUGUAGUAGAUGACGAGAACGAAAGAAGAGCUGGGUUCGACUUCGAUUUCGACCCUGUGUCGAGGAGAUCUUCAGAAGCGGCAGCACAAUCAAUGCAGCGUCAGGUGGAGCACGGUCGCGAACACCGGCUGACUCUGGCACAGUUUUUAGAGCAAGCGGAUGAAGACACAAACACUAUCCUCGAGUCCUUGUCCGACGAGCAAGAUGAGGAUGAGCGCGCAAUAGAGAAGCAUUUACUGGCGAUCGGCCAGGAGGUACUCAACAAGAAAAGCCGAGCCAGAGCAGAGGGCGAGCAGGCACCGCCACCCGCAGAGAUGAAUCAGGAGUAUGAUGCUGAACAGACCCAGCACGACCCUCACGAGCGAGGGGAUGAAGAUAGUCUAUUUAUUCCACGCAUAGACGGAGGUGGAGCUGGAGGUCGGCAAGUGAGCACUACAAGUGCUGCGCGAGAUAAUAUUAUAGGAGACGAGAACAGUGGGCAGGAGAACAAAGAGGGGCUUGACGUGAAGAGCAAUGGCGGGACCACGAGGUGUAGCACGUCAUUGCUGGUGGAUGAAAAUGGAAAGAUGCUAGCACCACCGCCGAAACUACUGCCCAACGAGCCGGAGUCUUCCUUUCCGAACGUCUCUAGUACAGCCUCCUCGAUGGAUCUCCAGGCCUCAGCUUUACGAACUCCAACCUCCAUGGAGGACCAUGAUGAAGAGUUUCUCGUGUGAAGCUGUUGUGGAACUUCAACAUCAUCGGUUGAAUGUAUACUGCAGUGCGAUCCUCAUGUGCUUGUAUGUACGAUUUUCUUUUGUACUAGUAGACAGAAUAUUUUUAAAUUUAACCUACCGCUAGUUUCAAAGGAUCUUUUUCCUUCUCGAACAGCAUUCUUUGCGACAAAUAGCAAAAGAAACAGCUGAAAA